GUAACCGAAUCCAAUCGAUUUCGGGGUUUGCUGAUGGAUCGCCUGUCGAUUUCGGUGACCGAUAUUGCUGCAGAGGUCAUUGGCGUUUUAGAACUGGAUGGGAACUGUCGAGUGAGCACACUUCGACAACGAUUGCAUGAGAGUAGCAAUGUUCCACUCUAUGAUCAGCAUCUCAUUUAUGGAAGCAAGGUCUUGACCGACGACCUUCUUCUGAGCUCUUUGACCAACGAGAGGGAAAUUCAGAUCACACUGGUCCGAGCGGCCAAGCCCUGUGCUUUGACUGCUGGUUCAGAUGGCAACUUUAUGCUCUGGGACUUGGGAACUGGUCAGUGCUGCCGCUAUCUUCCUAUUAGCACAACUGUGGUGUGCUUGGCAGUGGACUGGAUUGCGAGGAUCGUGUUGAGUGGUCACACGGACUCCUACUUCAGGCUUUGGGACUUGGACCGUGGGUUCUGCCUUCGCGAAAUGGGACUCUCCACAACCUUUGCCACGCCCAGAUGUGUGGAGUUCGACUGGAAGAUGAAGGUUGCUGUCAGUACCUCCUCAGCCUUUGGAUGUUGCAUGAUUGGACUUCCUGCACCUCCUUUGGGCUUGUGGGAUUUGGCGGCAGGAAGAUUCAUCCAAGGUUUCUUCCCAGCAAGUGGAAAUUCCAGAUGUCUCUCUGCCCAUUGGGACACGUGCCAAGUGCUGGUGGCUGGAGACUCUCUGGAGCUCUUUGAUAUUGACCUUGGUGAGCAAAAGUGGGCUGUGAAGCCUGAUGGUCACGUGCAGGUCGUGGCCGUGGACUGGGCCGCUGGCGUUGCGAUCAGCGGUGGCGAUGGCGGCACGCUGCAGGUCUGGACUUUAGAGUCCCAGAGCUGUGUCCAGGAGUUGCUACAGCCCGGGCAGAUGCAGAAGCUUCAGAUGGACUGGUCACGAGGCUUCUGCUUGGCCGCAGGUUUGCGAGCAGGGUCUGGUCUCUGCUGCUGGAAGUGGGACCUCAAGGAGUGGCGUUGCCUCACCGAAACCUUGGUCUGCUGUGAAGCUUCGCGAUGCGUGGCGUUGGACGUGUCAAGGCUUACUUGUCUUUAUGCGGAGUCACCAGCCGAGGCUGAUGAUGAGGGGGAUAGCUUGAAGGUGUAUGACCUUGUCAGGGGCCUUGAAGUUGUAGAGCUAACAGGUCAUCCUGACCACGUGAUGUGUGGUUCCAUGUCAUGAUCUGAUACCUGGCUGGUGAUUUCAAGUAUCUAUAUAUCUAUAUGGAGGGCUAUUUAUUUCUGG